UUCGGGAGGUUUUCCCUUUCGAAAAAGUUUUGUGUUUACCAGUGUAUAUAUUGAAGAAAAGAAAAAAAGCAAAAUAUCUUUUAGAAUAUUCACAUGACAAUCGAUAAUUGAAAGACGGGUACUUGGUGCGGUGCUAAUUGUGUAUUUUAAAGUGGAGAAAUACGAGUGUGCACGUAAGUGUACCGAGUCGACAGCAAUGGCUUGUAUCCGAGGACUUGCGUUUGCAAACAUGAACUUUAUACAAUAUGAUGAUUCUGAGCAUGUUUAGUGGUGCCAGGACUUAGUUGAUACGGGGCUCUCCAAAAUAAACAUACAUGAAUGAACUUUUCUUACUCUUAAGAUCGUUUCCCUACUACGAUAUUACAUACAAUGCCCUCCGUGCCUGCCUACUUCCAAGGACCGUUACGUCCCUAGCAGAUUUAGAGGCCCUAGAACGUCGCUGGCAUUUCACUGAUUAUUCCACGUUGUCACAAGACGCACCAGGAUAGAUAGUCAUUAUUGGAAGAUCGACACCCGUUAUAAUCUGUUAACGAAAUACCUAGAACUAAAAAGCAAUAACGACAGAAGUUCAUCGAUAAACAAUAAAAACUCCACAAUGGAUAACAACGCAGACGGAGAUAAUAUAAACCUGAGUUGCGGAGAGAAUGAAAUGGGCGACGAGUUGAAAAUAGGCGCAGAUGAAACUUACGACACUCGUAGCGAAGUUUCUUCAAGUAGCUCAGAUUCUGAUUCCAGUCAGCCUAGCAUUAGCUCAGUUUCAACGAACUCUUCCAGAGGAGACAACAAGAGGAAUCGUAGGAACAGAGGAAAACGGGCAAGGUCCAGGGAUUCCAAGUCUUCUAGUCCUGAGACGAAACGUGCGCGAUCCAAGGAAAACAAAACUAUUGCAAAAAACCACGAUUAUACGACAAAACUAAAUUAUUUAUUUAGAGAUGCAAGAUUCUUCAUCAUAAAAUCAAAUAAUGCAGAAAACGUGACGUUAUCAAAAGCCAAAGGCGUAUGGAGUACACUUCCUCAGAAUGAAGCUAAUUUGAAUCAAGCAUAUAGAGAAUCAAGAAAUGUUCUUCUCAUUUUCUCAGUGAAAGAGUCAGGAAAGUUUGCUGGCUUUGCUAGGCUUAGCACCGAGUCCAGAAGAGAUGGGCCUCCUAUAUCAUGGGUAUUACCACCAGGUUUAUCAGCCAAAGCAUUGGGAGGCGUAUUCAAGGUUGAUUGGAUAUGCAGAAAGGAAUUGCCUUUUACAUCAACGUUGCACCUGUAUAACCCAUGGAAUGAUGGUAAACAAGUAAAAAUUGGUCGCGAUGGACAAGAAAUCGAGCCUCGAGUUGCCGAAGAAUUGUGUAGGCUGUUUCCAGAAGAUGAAGGUAUAGAAAUGACACCAAUUCUAAGGAAGUCGAAGGAAGCAUCUAAGAACGUUGUAAGAACAUCUCGAAGCUAUCGUGACAACAGUAGAGUAGUGAAUAAUUCAAGGUUCCUACGCAGCCGUGGAAGUGGAAGAGGUCGCAGGUUGUUCUUGACUUCCAGGUCACGAUUGGCUUCUUUGGCCAGAGGUCACAUACAUCCAUCUGGGGAUCACAGAGGCUCAAGAGAUCAUCACCAACGUUAUCCGAGUUGGUUUAGUCGUGGAGAUUCCCCUUAUUCAAAAGGAUACGGGAGUUCGGGAAUUGGAGCAGCUGCAGCUGCUGAGGCUUACGUUGCAGAUUAUAUGCGUACAAUGCAACAUCAAUUACCUCCUUUACCACCCUACGUUACUGCUCAUCCAUAUGAUUCUUUGCCACCACCGCCUCCACCACCUCGUUAUUACGAUGGGUUACCAUUGCCACCCGAUUACAGUUCUUCCACAUCUGCUUUAGAUAAACGAAGCUAUGAGCGAAGUGUUGAUGAAUUCUUAUGGAGAACUGCAAGUCGACAUAGCCGACACAGCGAUCACCGUUCAUCAACUCGAGAUCACCACCACCGCUAUAGAGAACGCAGAUAGAUUCAACAUUUUCAUUUCUACUUUUCCAUACACUGCCUCAUUCUCUGUAGGGUGUAAGUAAUUCGUACAAUCAACGAAUUUCAUAAGUAGACGUAGAGAUGAAAUUGUCGUACGAUAGUUGAAUACUGUUUGUAAAUCUUCCGUGGAGAAAUUUUAUACACGGAUAAAUUAAUUAUUCCCUAUUUAAAAUCCACAUCUUUUUUACGUUCAUUAGAAAAUGAAUUAUAUUCUACUGACCUGUGAGGUAGUCGAAUGCAACUUGGAAAUCUUGUUGCACUGGCAAAGGUUGUAAUUCUCAUCACUUGAACCAUUUAAAUAAAUGACGUAUUUCAAUUA